AUGAUCCGCCGGGCUCUUCUCGCGCUGUGCUUUUGGCACGCGGUGCUGGGGGACGUUUUCGAGUCUGAUGAUGCGUGCCACAAGAGCAACGCCAGCGAAUGUUCUGCGUCUUGGUUACAGCGGCGUGCCCAUCGAGUCCGAGACAACCCUCCGGCUGACGCCCAUGAGCUGGCAAUGGGGGAAGAGUUUUCGGCAAGCCAUUCAUCUGAUUCCAGCUCCAUCAGAUCCAUGAGCACUGCGAACUCCAGUGCAGGCUUCUGCGACACCCACACAGGAGGCACCUGCAAGUAUUUCAGCUGCGGGUCCUCGCGAGGACAAACUCAGUGUGUUGAAGGGCAGUGCCGGUGUCAACCUGGCCAUUGUUCGGUGGGGGGGCGCUGUGUCCCCAACGACCCUUCCCACAACUUCCUGCAGUGUCCCCAGCGAACGGGUGGCACUUGCAGCUGGUUUGGAUACUGCUGGAAGUAUCGUGGCCCUACUCGAUGCGUGCAAGGCGAGUGCAUGUGCAAGCCAGGCUACUGCUCCGACGACGAUGGCAGAUGUCACAAGAAGAUGCCUGAUGUUUACGCAGACAUUGUGCCAAUCAACGAGGAGAAGAAGGAGUUUCCACCCAGACAGGUGAACCUGCAGACGGCCGUCUGCCUCAGCGGUGGUGGCACCAGAGCCAUGGUGGCGGCGCUUGGAGCUCUGCGAGGCCUCGAGUACCUGGAUCUACUUAGCCGCACGGAGCUGCUGGUCUCCGUGUCGGGCGGAACUUGGGCCUCGGGACCCUUCAUGUUCUCACACAUGGAUAAGGGCCAGCUUUUGGGUUCUCCUACGCGGCCGGCAGAGCUCUCUCUGGAGGAGCUGACAAAGCGGCCGUCGCUGAUUGGAGAUGCGGCCACACACGACAUCUAUAACCUGCUGAAGUCUGCAUUCCUGAACAACGACGACCCGCAUUCGAUUUGGGUGAAUGCUUUCAAUGAGAUCCUCUUGAAGCCCAUUGGCCUGGGCAACAUGAGCAAGUACAUGGCUCCUGAUGAAAGUACAGUGCAGCGAAUCGUGCACGAUAAUCCUCAUUUGCAGCGCGAGGACUUCAUCGUUCCAUCCCCAAACCGACCUCGUGCCUACGUCAUGCUUGGGGUGCUCCUUGCACCUUUGGGGCACGAGUCUGCAGACAACACGGUCGUGUCAUUGCAGAUGUCUCCAGACUUCACGGGCAGCCCUUUCUACCCCGGACUGGAAGGCCAGCUGAAGUUUGAAGAAGAAGGCAAGCAUUGGCUCCACAGCUCCGACAUUCCAUCUCUAAAGUUGGCCAAGACCUUGGCCCUCAAUCCCAUCCACCCUGAACUGCAAAACCUGGGAUCACCCCCCCACCAGGCUCGCGCAGUCUCGUAG